AUGACAACAUCGACCACCACCCCCCGCACUAUCGCUGUACUGGGCGCAACGGGCAACCAAGGGAGCGGAGUCGUCCGUGCCUUAUUGCAGAAAAGCCCGCAUCACCCAGCCUCGUUCACCGUUCGUGCUGUGACACGGGAUCCCAGCUCCCCCCAAGCAGAACGACUGCGCGCCAUCUAUCCAGAAGAAGAAGUCUCUGGCCGACUACAGCUCGUGCCUGGCGACGUCUAUGACGUCACAAGUCUAGAGCGUGCCUUCGACGGGGUCUGGGGCGUGUUCGCAGUCACAAAUAAUCGUCUCCCCGGGCAAAUGAUUGAAACCGAAGAGGACCUCGAGCAUGAGCUGGUAGCGGGAAGGAAUAUCGUGGCCGCUGCCAAAGUAUCUGGGGUGCGUCAUUUUGUUAUCAGCAGUCUACCCAAUCUGGCGGACGCGAGCAAGGGGCAAUUUCAAAAGGUAUUCCAUUUCGACCAUAAAUUUCAAAUUGAACAACUCGCAAAGAGCGAGUUGACCGCCGUGACGGCUUUGCGGCCAGGGCUGUUUUACACGAAUGUACAAUGGGUGCAAUACUGCCGGCGAAACGAAAACGGGAUCGUCCGUUUUUGUCCGCCGGUUCCCGGGAAUAAAACCGCAGAUUGGACCGAUCCAAGCUAUGAUAUCGGCAUAUAUGCAGCUGAAGUGUUUUCUCUUGGACCUGAAAAGACGGCCUCUAAAGUAUAUCCAGUGGUCAGCUCUAAGAUGCGCUUUGCUGAUCUUCCGGCCAUUUUUUCGACCGUGCGAUAUCAAUCGGCAAUCUUCGAUCCUAUCAGUCUAGAUGAUUGGGGUGCCACAGUCGCAAGGACGGUUGGCAAGGGGUAUGAAGAGGACAUCAGGCAAAUGAUGGAAUGGAUUGCUGUUGCGCCAGAUGAGAAAAUUUGCUAUGGGACCAUGACUCCCCAGGAGGAUUGCUCCGGGGCGGAUCUUGGAGUGCGGGCUAGUACAUUUGAGGAGUGGUUGAGGAGGUCAGGAUGGCAAGGACCAUGA